AUGGCCAAUCCUCCCCCCAUUGUCCUCGACGGCGGUACCGGCUUCCUCAAGGUCGGCUACGCAGCCCAGAACUUCCCCGAGCACCAGUUCCCCUCUAUCGUCGGCCGGCCGAUCCUGCGUUCAGAAGAGAAGUCGAACAGCGAUGUUGUCAUCAAGGACAUCAUGUGCGGUGACGAGGCCGCCGCCGCCCGCAACAUGCUCCAGAUCAGCUACCCCAUGGAGAACGGCAUUGUCAAGAAGUGGGACGAUAUCCAGCACCUCUGGGACUACACGUUUUACGAGAAAUUGAAAAUCAACACCGAAGGCCAGAAGAUCUUGCUGACCGAGCCCCCAAUGAACCCAUUGAAGAACCGCGAGCAGAUGUGCGAGGUUAUGUUCGAUCGAUACGGCUUCGGGGGCGUCUACGUCGCUAUCCAGGCCGUUUUGGCACUUUACGCACAAGGUCUGAGCUCUGGUGUCGUUGUCGACUCUGGCGAUGGUGUCACCCACAUUGUCCCCGUGUACGAAUCCGUCGUGCUCAACCAUCUCACAAAGCGCCUCGAUGUCGCCGGCCGUGACGUCACUCGCAACCUCAUCAAGCUCCUGCUACGCCGCGGAUAUGCACUGAACCGAACAGCAGACUUCGAGACAGUGCGGCAGAUCAAGGAGAAGCUAUGCUACGUGUCAUACGAUCUCGAGCUCGACAAGCGCCUCAGCGAGGACACGACGGUGCUCGUCGAGGACUACACCCUACCGGACGGUCGAGUCAUCCGUGUGGGCAGCGAGCGCUUCGAGGCGCCCGAGUGUCUCUUCCAGCCUCACCUCGUCGACAGCGAUUCACCCGGCCUGGGCGAGUUCCUCUUCAACACGAUCCAGUCAGCUGAUGUGGACAUUCGCUCGUCUCUCUUCAAGGCCAUUGUGCUUUCCGGCGGUAGCAGCAUGUACCCCGGGCUGCCAUCCCGUCUGGAGAAGGAGCUGAAGCAGCUGUGGCUCACGCGGGCGCUGCAGGGCAACCCUGAGCGUCUCAGCAAGUUCAAGGUCCGGAUUGAAGAUCCCCCCAGGAGAAGGCACAUGGUGUUCCUGGGUGGUGCGGUGCUGGCCAACAUCAUGGCAGAUAAGGAGAGCAUGUGGGUGACCAAGGCUGAGUGGGAGGAGCAAGGCCCGAGAGUCCUGGAGAAGCUUGGACCUAGGUAA